CACAUUGGCAUUGCGCAAUUGAUUAAUAUUUGCGCAUUUUGGAGAGCUGGGGAAAAGAAACCGAGGCUUCAGGGAGUUUCCCAAAUUCGCUUUCUUCUAAGGGGGUUUUGCUCUGGGUAUUGCUACGCGCAGAUCAUCUAUUAAAGAUGACAAAUUGUGCCAAUGUCACUAACCAGACACGCACGCGUUGUUUCCAAGCCUUGUAAGUCAUUUGUGUGAACCAUGUGUGCUUUUGGUCGUUGAUGGUCAUCCUGAAGAUAACGGAGUGUUGAAGUGGCAAGUUUCGGUGGAGUUACAGCUGUGAUUGGGCAGGAACAUCAUUUGGAGUGAAUAAAGUGAAGAGUAGUGGAGGAAUACACAGACUGGCUAACAAGGAGCGAGAAGGGCCUGGUGGUGCUCUGGAAUAGUGUGCUCUGAGUCAGAGGCCUCCAGCGGGUUUAAACAGGGGCAUACGUUGGAGCAUGGUCCAGUCAACAGCCUGGCUCCUGGGAGCUCUAUUGGGUUUGAUAUGUGUACUACCUGUUUUGAUGACACCCACAACUGCCCAGUGCACGUCUUUGAAGACAUUGGAAAACAAACUCAUAGGCAGAAGACGUAACAUGAAGCACAAUUUCCCCAUUAAUUACACCAUCAGAGUUCACUAUGAGGAGGUCUUCAAACUCAGCAACAUCACCAGGCUGAGGGCAAGGGUGGAGGAUCUGGAAGACGGGGACCUGCAGGAUGUGUGGCUGUUGGUCAACCAGGAGGUGUUGAAGAGGAUCCUGAGGGUCUUGCCAGAGAGACACCCCUCCUACAAGUACACCGCCGACCUGGAGGAUCUCUUCAGGAAGGUCCAGCAGGUGUUCCCAACACAGAGUGAUGAGAGAGAGCCACCAGAGCGAAUAGAGGAGAUCUACAAAAGAGUGAAGGAUAUUGACUCAAAAGGCUGGAGGUUCGUGACCCCCAAAUCUCUGUUGGAUAACUGCUAUCGGACAAUGCACUGUCUCUUCAAAGACUGCUUUCCCAGUGAAGAGGGAGAGCAAGACUAUUGUGCUUUAUCUCACUGGCGGAAGGGCAGAAAGAGACAACUACAGUAAACCUGAGGAGGGCGCUAUUUCCAACCAGUGGCAAUGAGUGUACAAAACAUUAUGAACACCCGCUCUUUCCAUUACAUAGACUGACCAGGUGAAUCCAGAUGAAAG